AUGAAGUUUAUCAUGAGGCAACACCAAACCAUUGUCUCCCAACAAAAGCAUCAGCUCUGCAAACUCCUCUCAAACACUCCUCAACCCCAGACUUUCCCAUCAGAAGUGGCGGAAGCAGUACUCUUCAGCCUUGCCACCGACAUAUUGAAAAGCCUCGCCACCGAAAUGGCGAAACCUGGAGGCUCCUUCGCUUCUCAGAAGAUCCAGUUGCUCUGCAGUGCCAAGGACGAGCUCCAAAGCCUUGAGGGCACCGUCCAGACCAUCCAAGCUAUGCUUUUGGAUGCUGAGAAACAGCAAUGGCUCAACAACGAGCUCAAGCUCCGGCUCAGGAGGCUCAACGACGUGCUGUACGAGUUACAGGACUUGCUCGACGAUGUCGCAACUGAAGAUCUGAGGUGGAAGGUCACUUCCGGCAACAAGAUGUCAAAAGCCGUAUGCGUUUUCUUCUCUAAAUCAAAUCAGCUUGCAUACCGUUUUAAAGUGGCUAAUAAGAUAAAAGAACUUAGGAAGAAACUGGAUCAGAUUAAAAAUGAUCGGGAGUUAAACUUAGAGCGGCAUCUGAGCGAGGAAACUCUUUCUAUCGUGAGGAGGACAACUCACUCUUUUGCGUGCGAGGAAGAAAUCAUUGGUAGAGAAGAGGAUAAGAAGGAGAUCAUCGCACAUUUGCCUGAUUCCUCCUCCAGAGAGAGUGUGUCGGUUGUUUCCAUCGUCAGUAUAAGGGACUUAGUAUUUGCGGAAGCGUGA